GGGGCAUCUAGCAAAAUAAUAAGAAGUAAAUUCGUGGUAGACACGCUCCGGAGACACGCGUGGUUGGAAAGAAACGCUCUUCGGCUAACCGAAUAAUUAACGUAGAAAUCUGCGUACCAAAUUUGUCAAUCCAAACCCUUGUUUGCUCUCUUUCUCUCUCUCUCUAGCUCGGCGACGGGAAAGCGCAAAUAAAGUUAUCCGAUCGCUUUCUUCUGGAUCGAUUUGCAUUCCCGGAGCCGAGCAAUCAAAUUUCAGCUGGAAAAAGAAUAAUUAGCAACUUAGAGUUCAUCUACCGCCGCGGUGGUUUCGUUGGUGGUGGUGGUGGUGGCGGUGCCGGUGCCGGUGAACUAUAAAAUCAAUCCGCAAUGCUGGAAAACCCUAGUUCAGAUGCACCAGCUGCUGCUGGCAUCGCUACCGUCAAGCGAUACGCUCCUCCCAAUCAACGGAACCGAUCACUUGGCAGGCGCAAAUCUGGUGGAGAUCGACUAGAACGGGCAAACAGCUAUGUGAAUGAUGUAGAUAGAAACCCAGUUGGCGCCCCCAAAGGUGGUGGUCUAGCAGAUCAUGGGGAUUUAGGCUAUGCCACUCGUGCCAAUGAAAGUCUUCGUGCGAAGUUAAUACCUUUACAUGGGUGUUGCAACAGUGAAGCUUCUCAGCUGCUGAACAACCGUUGGACAGCUGCCAUGAAUGCACACAACAGUUUACCUGAAGAUUCAUCUGAAAGGCCGGUCUUGUAUGCAAGGAAGAGUUCUGCACCAUGGGGUCACACAAUUCUUCCACACCUGCUGAUUCAACCUACCGGUGGGGCGUCUAGUGGGUUGCAGGGAGAUUUCUUAAAUGAACUCCGACAGGCAAUGGAUAAUGCAAGUCCCUUCUCCUAAUCCGUUGCUCACCACUUAUAUGCAAUUAACUUAGCAUUUGGUGGAUUUGAUCCUUGAGCUGUAUGACUAGGAUUUGUUGUAUGUGCUUUAUGCCAUGUUCCUGUGCUGCACCUUCCAAUGUAAUCUAUCUACCUAGCACCAAAAUGUCGAAGAUGACUCAGUGUGUUACCUGCUUGUGUAUCAUAGGAUGCUAUAUUGCUGUUAAAAGUCCAUUAGGACCACGUUUCACCUUGUUAGACAACCAGAUCUUGUCUUGUUCUGAUCUAGCAUUUGAUUAAAAACAAUUUUCACCUUCCUUGGGGAGGGGUGCUUUAGAUUGAAUAUAAUUAUUUUCCUA